AUGGCUUCAAGUUCGAUUUUAGUUCCAAUUAUGCUACAAUACGAAGGAGAGUGGUUAAGUGAUGUACAGUUUGAAAAGUUUACAAUCAAUGGAGUACUUUUGAAUUCGGAUUGCAGAGAAUCCUCAAUUGGAAAUUUGAUCGAAACAUCUCCGAUUGCUAUUCAAGUUCAUCCGAUACCUAUUUUUGAUUAUACAAUUGAAGAUGAAGAAAUGGAAGAACAGACCGAAUCGAUAAUUAAGGAUCCACUUUAUAGAGAUGUUGAAGAAGGGCAUCUGUACAUGGAUAAAAAUACAAUAUCAAGUGUGAUGAAACAUUAUGCAAUCCAUGAGAAAUUCCAAUUUAAGGUGAAAAGAUCAUCAUCAUCAAGGUACUAUCUUAAGUGUAUCAAUCAGAGAUGCAAUUGGACUUUUAGAUCUUCAAGUCAAAAAAAUUCAGAAGUUUUCAUGGUAACCAAAUUUGUCGAUGAUCACACUUGUCCAAUUGCGGACAGAAUGCUUUUACAACGGCAUGCUACUUCUUUAACCAUUGCUAAAAUGGUGAAGCACAACUUUCUAAAUCUAAAGUCAACAUACACUCUAGCAGAGAUCAUGGAAGAAAUGAGAAACUUGUACGGAAUUAGGAUAAACUACAAAAAAGCAUAUAGAGCCAAAGAAAAAGCACUUGAACUGGUCAGAGGUUCCUUGCGUGAAUCUUAUGCUAAAUUACCAUCUUACCUAUUCAUGGUAAACACAAUAAAUCCAGGAUCAUUCACAAAACUACACAAAACGGAGGACAAUCACUUUUUAUAUGCUUUUAUUGCGUUGAGCACAUCAAUUAGGGGCUGGCGAUAUUGUAUGCCUAUCAUUGUUGUUGAUGGAACUUUUCUGAAAUCUGCAUACAAGGGAACAAUGUUGUCUGCUAGUGUUUUGGAUGCAGCAGGAUAUGCUGUUGUUGAUUUUGAAAAUGAUGUUUCAUGGGAAUGGUUUUUUCGCAUGUUUAACACUGCUUUUGGUGAAAGAGAAGGCAUGUGCAUAGUAUCUAAUAGUCAUGACAGCAUAUUAAAAGCUGCUGCACUUGUAUAUCUAAAUGUGGCUCACUGUAUAUGCAUCUACCAUCUAUGGAACAACAUCAAGGGUAGAUUUAAGAUGAAUCAAAAGCAAUUAAAGGGGAUCUUCUUUACAAUGGCCAGAACAUACAUAAAGGCAGACUUUGAUCGGCUUAUGGAAGACAUAAACAAAAUUGAUAAUAGGGUGAAGGAGUAUCUGUUUGAUAUAGGCUAUGAAAAAUGGUUCAUAGCUCAUGCCCAUGUCAACAGGUCGAUGUUCAUGACUUCAAACAUAGCGAAAUCCCUAAAUUCAGCAAAUAGAGAUGCAAGAGACCUGCCAAUUAAAAAGUUCCUAUAA